AUGAGGCCAGAAGUAGCUGGCAACGACUUCAAGGCUUCGCAGUCAAAGCCACCCGGGAGCGAUGGGCAAUCAGUAGUCCUUGGAGAGUCACGGAACCUCGACGAUGAUGCCAUCCUCAGAGCGCAAGGCCAUGCUCCAGCGCUGAAGCGAACGUUCAAUUUGCUUGGAACGCUCGGCCUAGGAUUUAGCAUCACAAAUUCCUGGUUAUCAUACGCAAGUUGCUUCGGUCAGAGUCUCAUCUAUGGUGGCCCUCAAGCGACAGUGUUCGGCUUGAUUGUGGCUUGCUUUGUUCAAUGGGCUGUGGCAGCCGGCAUGGCCGAGGAGGCAUCCGCGUUCCCAUCCUCAGGCGGCCAAUACCACUUUACCUUCAUCCUCGCUCCGAAGAAACACAAGAGGUUUGCAGCUUUCUCAGUUGGUUUGCUCAGCAUCACCGGCUGGUGGGUCAUCACCUGCUCUGGACUAUCCAACAACGUGCAAUCGAUCAUGGGCAUGGUACAAUUUGUCAACCCCGAUUUCGAGCCCCAGCGAUGGCAAUUCUAUCUGGUCUAUCUUGGUCUGCUGCUUGCAACACUUGUACCAAUAUUUACUAUUCCGCAACGGCACAUUGGGAAGUGGACGACGCUUUGUCUUGUCCUGUCGAUUCUUGGUUUCUUCAUUGUCACUAUCGUGAUUUUGACGAUGUGCAAGUCAUUCCAAUCACCCAGUCAAAUCAUUACCUUCAAUGGCACCAGCGGCUGGCCGGACGGCAUGGCUUGGUUCAUGAGCAUCGGCAAUGCAAUGUAUGCUUUCGCGAGCCUGGAUGCAGUUAUCCAUAUUGCGGAAGAGAUGCAUCAUCCCGGGAAGGAAAUUCCCCGCGUCAUAAACUUGACGUUACUAAUUGGCCUUUUGACCUCCGUUCCGUUCAUCAUCGCCAUGAUGUUCGUCAUCAAAUCAGUUGACGAUGUGCGCACGGCGAUCUUGCCGAGCUUGGAGGCGUUUCAUCAAGCAACAGAAAGCAGAACAGCGGCCUUGGGAUUGCAAACACUCUUAACCAUUCUGUUCUACACCUGUAUGCCAAGUCAAUGGAUAACAUGUGGUCGAUUGGCGUGGGCUUUCGCAAGAGAUAACGGGCUUCCAAUGUCAAGCUAUUGGACUGAGAUCCAUCCUUACUACCAGUUUCCGGUCCGCACGACGCUUCUAUCUGCUGCGUUCUGUGCUAUUUACGGCCUCCUGUACGUUGUCAGCACGCAAGCCUUCAACUCCAUCAUCGUCUCGGCUGUACUCGCAAUCAACAUCUCCUAUGUUGUACCUCAAGCUAUCAGCCUUGUGCAGGGAAGGAAGAAAACUUUGCCAAGUCGUUCUUUUAACCUGGGAGGGUUGGGAUACAUCUGCAAUGCUUUUGCACCCAUAUGGAUAUCAGCGAUCGGUACGGUGAUCUGCUUUCCGAACAUCCUGCCUGUAUCGGCUGCGUCUAUGAAUUAUGUUUCUGUGGUGCUUGGAGCGAUUGGGCUUCUGAUUCUGGGGACCUGGUACUGGAUUCGGCGAGACUUCCAUGGCCCGGUGAUUGACUGGGAUGUACUCAACGACCAGAACGCCAUUGACUAA